CAACGAUGGCGGAACGUCGCCGAUAGUUGUGAUUUAGUACUGGUUGUAAGAACUUGUAGAAGUAUAACAUCAUUCAAGCAAAAUGGAAAUAGGUUCAGAGAUAAGCAAUAAAAUUCGAUCUGCUAUUAAAGCGAAGCUGGUAGAACUUGGAGCUUAUGUGGAUGAUGAACUUCCAGACUACAUAAUGGUAAUGGUUGCCAAUAAGAAAAGUCAUACCCAGAUGUCUGAGGAUCUUGGCUUGUUUCUUGGGCAGAACACAAAAAAGUUCACCAGUUGGUUGAACAGCUUAUUGAUAAAAUUACAGUCCAUUUCUGGUGCAGAUCAGCUUGACAGCAAGAAGAAAAAGAAGAGUGGAACGAAGAAGAAGAGUAAGAGAAGGAAGAGUUCUGAAACUGCCGCUAUUCCCACCACGUCGGUAGAGGAGAAACCCAACAGAGUUGUCGGAGAGAGUCAAACUGGAGACACUGCUGGCACGGUGGUGCCUGAUGACGAACCGGAGCUCACUGUUCAGGCCGACACAGAUGAAUUCACAGAAGAAAUGAAGGAGUUUGAAGAAAAGUCCAAACCAUCUACUGUUGCACCUAAGCCAGAAAUCAGAGUACUUAAAGAGACUGCUAUGGCCACAGCUAAGGAGACUGCUAAGGACACAGCUAAGGAGACUAUCAAGGAGACUGCUAAGGACACAACUAAGGAGACUGCUAAGGAGAUUCUUAAGGAGCCUGCUAAGGAGGUAGCCGUAACGGUGAAAGACAGCACUGAUGUAGAAGUCAUCGGAGUGACUGUAGAACCCAGUGUUGAUGCCAUACCAACCACUACGGUCGUCUACAAGCCAUCACAGGAAGUAAAGGGCACUGUUGUACAGCCAGAAGUGAAGCCAAGACCAGUUACCUCCCAUGUGAAACAGCAACAAGACGGUCCUGUAAAACGGAACAUUGUAACAUCUUCAGUUCACAGGAAACAGACAUUCAUAAUCAAGCGUCAAGACAAUGCUGCCAGUGUGAACAUGAUGUAUGUUCAGCCUACAAGGACUGUCUCUCAAACUGUCAACCAGCAAGCAGUUCGUGGAGGUGUAAAGCGGAGAGCUCUUUCCUCCAUGGUAGGAUCAGUGAUUCAGGAGCCGGAGGAAGUGGAAGAGGAGUAUGAUCCGUACAACCCAACUGUCGGCAAAGUGGCCAGUUUAGUGCGUGUCACGGCCAGAAAAUCCAGUGUUCCUCCAUCCAUGCAGGCUAACAAGUCUCUGCUGCUGAAAGCGAUGACCGACGCCGAGAAGUCGGUCCUCACUGCCAGACCUCAGACUGUCUUGGAAACUGGAGUCCGCCCAACAGCAAGUCAAGCUUAUGUGAUGCCCAUGCGACGCCAGACAUCAUCUCAAGCAUACAUCCCGACACAGCUGGCGUUAACAUCGAGGUCACGCAAGGAGGAAAUAAUGAGGAACAUGAAGUAUACAAUAAAAAAUCAGACCGAAGUGUUGGUCAAACAAGAACCCAGUCGUGUGACAGAGUACAAAUCGGUGCCAGUGUCUGUAAUAGCACCUGACAGUCGAGUGGUGGAGUGUGAGGGUGAAGAGGAGGUGGAGGUGAUUGAGGUUGGACCACAGGAGGUGGACACAAGCCCAGAGGUUGAGACGCCCAAGGAGAAGUGUGUCGAGGCCGAUGUGAGGAUUCCGGAGAUCUUACAGGACGCAGACAUCACGGACGAGUUCAGUGUCGUGGGGGACAAGAAGGAACAAAACAAGCAAACCGUGGAAGACAAACCAAGAAUAAUACAGGAGAAACCGAAGGUAGAAGUAGAGCCUGCGCCAGCUGCAAGUAACACUCGUUUCAUCGUCACCCUGGAUGGCGUCGACCCAGAGGAGUACGAUGAAGAGGCACGAGAAUAUCCCACUCCAGACAUACGUAAAACAGAACUCAUCCAGGAAGUCCUGCCACAAGUUGUGCCAAAAGUGACCCCACCAAAGAUUAAACCUUUCUCCAUCAGCUUGAGGGAUUCAGAUGAGGAGGAGGAAGAGAGUAGCCCGGUUAAGAAAGCCAAGAUGGCUGAGCGAUGUCGGUUCUGGCCAGCUUGUGUUAACGGAAAUGCUUGCCAAUAUCAUCAUCCUAGUGUUCCUUGCAAGACUUUUCCACACUGUAAGUUUGGUGACAAAUGCCUGUACAUUCAUCCCAACUGCAUGUUUGACGCACGGUGUACAAAGCGAGACUGUCCCUACACACAUGCUAGUCGACGUAGUGUUCAUACCUCACCACCUGCCAUGCAGCAACCCAUGGUCAUCAUAGCGGCCCCAUCUUCGAUGGCGUCUAUGGCACCUGUACCGUGCAAGUUCUUUCCUAAUUGUCACAACACACAGUGUCCAUUCAUCCACCCCAAGGCAUGUAGAUUUGGUUUCAACUGUAUGAGAAAAUCAACAUGUCCAUUUCACCACCCAGCAUUCCAAGAGAAAGAACGACUCACAUGGAGUGCAAACAAAAUCACACUGCCCAAGACAUAAUCUAGUCACACCACCUUGAAUAAUCCCUAGUCUAAAGACGGACUUCACACACAAAGAACUUCACAUCUGUAUUUGUCAUCCAAAGACUGCUUAUUAUAGUAUUUGGUCUCUUAUGACUAAUCUAAAGGACAAGUGUUCCCAUCAGAAUGAUAGACUUUGGAUUUCAGUAAGCAUUUCAAUCCAUGAAGAUACAAUGGUUUGAUACCUAUUAGUUUGCCGGUGAUACUUGAGAGAUUCUGUCACAAGUGUUGUCAUGAAGACUAAAUGAAAUCGGUUUCGGUGUUCAGGAAGAUCAUAUUCAGUCCUCGAAAUUCACCACCACAAUCAGCAGUGUCAUUGCAAGAAGCUGUUGCAAAAUUGAUAUGUGAUGGCAUUUUUAUCAUUAUUUGCUUUAUUAUCACUGUAACAGUGUUCUCGCUAGGUGAAAAUUAAAGGGGUACGCGACCCCCUAUCCCACCCCUCUUUUCCAGGACGGUAUUUAAAGACUUUGAAACUGAAAGUAGGCUUUUUGGGAACCAUGUGACAAGAGACUUGUUUCCUUUGAUGUCGUGUGUACCAAAAAAAAAAAAAAGAAGAAAAAAAGAUGGGUGCAGAAAAAUAAAGGGGACAGCUAAAUAUGAAAGGGGGCAUUGAAACUCAAAAGGGGGCACUGUGCCCUCUCUCCCCCUCUAAAAUGGACUAGCGAGAACACUGUGUUUGUAGUAAAUUGUAGUCGCAAGAUUAUCUCAAUUUUGAGGGCUGCAUUUUGCAGCUUUGGCAGGAUGUGAAAACUUGUGACUGAUUUACAUAAGAACGUUUUAAAAUGGAAAAUGUUUCCAAGGCAUUAUUAUCUGUUGUUAAGUUUUGUUUGAACAAAAUAACUCAAGUUUUAAGAGGAAAGUUUUCCUGUGUUCAUUAUUAGUGUAUAUUACACUGACUAUGUACAAUAUGUUUUAAAACAAGGUUUGUAAGUUCAUAUUUGUGUCCUGGUUUAUGUGAAUUCAGCUUCAGUGGAAGGAUAUCCUGUUGUAUUAAAUAAUGAUAAAAGUUAAUUAACAUUUUUAAUUGAUAUUCCAUAGUGGUAACUUCUUUUAGUGUUGUUUAAAUAAGCCUAAUGGCCUUUUAUGUAGUGGGUUAUGUUUAAUUUCUGUUUAUAUGGUACUUUCUGUGAAAGUUACUGGUAAAAAUACUUGAAAUUCUAUUUUCUUUUUCCUUGCCAUACUAACAAUACAUGAUGGACUUGUUCAUAUUUCAUACGAUAUUAAAAAUGUAAAUAAUU